AGCGAAAAUUUUUUAUUUUUGAGGGCCAUGGAGGUGCAAGUGGAAUAAAGCCUUCUCUUUUCUUACUUCUCGAAUUCAGUACAUUAUACACGAUGGCUGGUAUCACUGUCAAGGACGUUAACGCUCACGAAUUCAUCAAGGCCUAUGCUGCCUACCUCAAGCGUACCGGUAAGCUCGAAGUUCCCAAGUGGGUCGAUCUUGUCAAGACUGGUACCUUCAAGGAACUCGCUCCCUAUGACCCCGAUUGGUACUUCAUCCGUGCUGCCUCUGUCGCUCGUCACAUCUACAUCCGUAAGUCUGUCGGUGUUGGUGCUUUGAACAAGGUUCACGGUGGUACCGUUAACCGUGGCUCUCGUCCCUCUCACCACGUUGAUGCCUCUGGUUCCGUCAACCGUAAGGUCCUCCAAUCCUUGGAAAAGAUUGGUGUCUUGGAAAAGGACAAGAAGGGUGGCCGUAAGAUCACUCAAGAUGGUCAAAGAGAUUUGGAUCGUAUUGCCAUGACUCUUGCUGAAGAAUCUGACGAAGAAUAAAUUUUUUUCUUUGAAAAACGUCCUCUUCAAUAAUAAUAAAAAAAAAGACAUUUAUUUCUUGUA